AUGAACGCCGCCGCUUCCGGCGCCGCAGCCGCCUCCGGUCUCAGCAAACUCAUUCUGGCAUCCACCAACCGCCAGUCUCUAAUCAGAUCACUCGUCUGCCCCUCCAUCUAUUGGACCCCACUUUUAGUCGACACAAUCCUUAAGCAGCUUUGGAACCACGGCCCCAAAGCCCUCCAGUUCUUCCACAUCCUCCUCCACCACCAUCCCACCUACGCCCACUCGGUCUCCUCUUUCGACCACGCCAUCGACAUCGCCGCCCGUCUCAGAAACUACGCCACCGUCUUCACCCUCCUCCACCGCAUGCGCUCUCUCCGCCUCCACCCCACCCCCAAAAGUUUCGCCAUAAUCACUGAAAGGUACGUAGCCGCCGGAAAACCCGAUAAAGCACUCAAAAUCUUCUUAUCGAUGCAUCAACAUGGUUGUUUCCAGGAUUUACAUUCUUUCAAUACCAUUCUCGAUGUUCUAUGUAAAGCUAGGCGUGUUGAGAAAGCAUGGAACUUUUUUAAAGUGCUCAGAGGAAGGUUUCAAGCUGAUGUUAUCAGUUAUAACAUAAUUGCAAACGGUUGGUGUUCAAUCAAGAGAACAAAUAAGGGUCUUGAGACUUUUAAAGAGAUGAUGGAGAAAGGAUUGAGUCCGAAUUUAACUACUUAUAACAUAAUCCUCAAAGGGUAUUUUCGAGCUGGUCAAAUAGAUGAGGGCUGGAAGUUUUUCCUGGAAAUGAAAAGGCGAAAGAUCGAAUUCGAUGUUGUUACUUACACCACUGUGGUUCAUGGUCUUGGUGUUGCUGGUGAGAUUAAGAGAGCUCAGAAUGUUUUCAAUCAGAUGGUUGAUGAUGGCGUGUUGCCCUCUGUUGCAACAUACAAUGCUUUGAUUCAAGUUCUGUGUAAGAAAGACAGUGUAGAGAAUGCGGUUUCGGUUUUUGAGUCGAUGUUGAAGAAGGGCUAUGCUCCGAAUUCGACUACUUACAAUGUGGUUAUCAGAGGUUUGUGUCAUAGAGAACAGAGGGAGAGGGGUAUGGAAUUCAUGGAUAGGAUGAGGGAUGAUGGUUGUGGACCGAAUGUGCAGACUUACAAUAUUGUGAUUCGGUACUUUUGUAACGCCGGUGAGAUCGAGAGAGGCUUGGCGUUGUUUGAGAAGAUAAACAGUGGGGAUUGCUUGCCGAAUUUGGAUACAUACAAUGUGUUGAUAAGUGCAAUGUUUGUAAGGAAGAGAUCUGAUGAUAUGUUGGUGGCCGGGAAGUUGCUGGUUGAGAUGGUUGAUAGAGGGUUUACUCCCCGGAGGUUAACGUUCAACCGUGUCUUGGAUGGACUCUUGCUGACUGGUAAUCAAAGUUUUGCAAAGGAGAUCUUGAGAUUGAAGAGCGGAUGUGGCCGUUUUUCACGACGGUUUAAACUGUGAAUCGCGUUUCGAAGUUUGGCAUGCUGAUCCAUUGGAGGAUUUAUGCUUCUUGAAUGUGGAAAUGCAAUGUGAUGGGUGAAAAAAAUCAUAGUGAUUCUGUCUGAAUUUGAAGCUCUUGAAUGCAUAGCUCCAUUGAACACCAUACUUGAAAGGUGUUCUGUCUCUCAUUCCUUUGGAAUAACUUGCCCAUGUUGUUCAAUAGUUAAUCAAAUACUUGAAUUUCCAUGGUCUCAAUCUAUUGAACGGCCGCUAUUUUCACAAACUCGAUUCGAUCAAACGCUCA